AUGGGCGCCGUCAUAUCAUCCAUUCGGUCAACAACCUCGGCCAUUUCCCAAGGCGUCAAAACCAUCUUGGCUCUGCACAAGCAAUUCUCAUCCGCUCUUGCUAGGGCCUCUUCAGAACCUGGAUUUCCGGUUCCUAACCCGACAAACUCAUACUGGCUCGACGACCCGCCCUUUCCCGCGCUAUGCGACAUUCAAGAUGACCAGCUUCCCCAAGAAGCUGACGUGGUCAUCAUCGGCAGCGGCAUCACAGGAGCAGCAGUAGCAAAGUCGCUCCUCGAGCUUUCCGACUCCAAAUUGAGAAUCGUUGUCUGCGAGGCAAGGCAGAUAUGUAGCGGCGCGACGGGAAGAAACGGAGGGCAUGUCAAGAGUUCGCCCUAUAGUGAGUUUUCCAUGUUUCGUAAUCGGUUAGGACCCGAGGUUGCGAGCAGGGUCGUCAGAUUCAAGAGGCGCCAUUUGGACAUGAUGAAGCAGGUUGGAGAGCAGAUUGGACAUGGUGAUGUGAGAGAAGUUGAUACUGUGGAUUUGUUCUUGGGGCAAGAAGAAUUUGAGAGUGCGAAGAAGCAGGUAGCUGAGGUCAAAGGCUGGAUGCCUGAGGAGGAGCACAAGAUCUGGGAGGGUGAAGAGGCGAGGAAGCAGUUUGGUGCAAAUGAACUUGUUGCUGGUGCUGUAUCUUAUACAGCUGGUGCACUCUGGCCAUAUCGACUUAUCACGGGUGUAUGGAAUGAACUCCUCGAGCGAUUUUCGGGCUUGAGCAUCAACACUCACACACCAGUUGAGACUGUCACCUGUAUUGCAGAUGGUACAUACACAGUCGAAACAAGUCGUGGAACCAUCAAUGCACGACAUGUCAUCCACACUACCAACGCUCACGCAGGCCAAUUGCUCCCUAAACUGAGAGGUUCGCUUUGCGGCGCCAUCGCUCACAUGAGUGCCCAACGCCCUGGCGCUUCAUUCCCAUCAUCCCAUGGAAACCGCUCAUGGUCCCCGAUUUACAGCCCAGGCUUCGACUAUGUAACCCAGCAGCCAGACAGACCAGACGGAACACCGGGUGAUCUCAUGGUAGGCGGAGGUUUCUUCCGAAGUCGCCAUAAGGGCAUUGAUCAGAUGGGAAUAUGGGACGACAGUCAAACCCACGCCCUCCCACUGAUUCACGUCCGAGGCAUCAUGCCCGCCAUUUUCGAACCGCAAUGGGGAGAAGGAAGUAAGCUGGUCAAAGCCUGGACUGGAAUCAUCGGUUUCACUGGCGAUUUGAUGCCAUUUGUUGGACGAGCCCCUCGAUCUCCUGUCAAGAAGGAUUCGGGGGAGUGGGUAGCUGCGGGAUUCUGCGGUGAGGGUAUGGUUUGGGCUUGGCUUUGCGGAACGGCAUUGGCGGUUAUGGUUCUUGGUAAAGAUGGCGAAGAUCUGGAAGAGGGUGUUGGAAGACCUGGGGGGGAGUUGGAGGAGUGGUUUCCUAAGGAUCUGUUGAGUGUUGAUGAUGCGAGGUUGAGAAGGGCGGAUAUUGCGAAUGUGGCUGAUGCUAUGGAUGAACUCUGA